AUGUCUUACUUGUAUUCGAGCCUGAUCAUUUCGGGUCUGAUCUGCCUCACAUAUGUCUACGGGCUUGUCAUAUACAGACUACAUUUUCACCCGCUAGCCCGAUUCCCCGGGCCCAAGUACGCGGCAGUGAGCAGAUGGCAUGAAUACUACUACGAUGUUCAUUUGCAGGGGAAGUUUAUCUUUCACAUAAAAGCCCUGCACGAAAAGUACGGGCCCAUUGUUCGCAUCACGCCAGACGAGGUCCAUAUUCUAGAUUCAGAUUUUUGGGAAACCAUCUUUACAAAGGCUGGAAGGGUCGACAAAUACGCCUGGAUGUCCGGCCGCUUCGGCAACGAGAACUCAGUGUUGAGUACUGCUCCAGACGAGUUGCAUCGCAUACGACGAAACGCUUUGAAUCCUUUCUUCUCCCGAAAGAGAAUCAUCGAUCUCCAGGUUAUAAUCCGCAAGAAGCUCAACAAGUUGAUUGCCAAAGGACAAGAAUAUCAGAAGUCUGGCGCUCCGUUACCUGUCAACAGGGGCUAUAUGGCCCUAGCGGAAGACGUUAUCAUGGAAUACUGUUUUGCUCAUGACUACAAUAGUCUUGAUGUUCCUGGCUGGUCACUUAUUCUUCAUGACCCAUUCAGGGCCGUUAGCAUUAGUGGGAAUAUGUCGCUGCAAUUCCCUUUGGUGCCAAAGAUCUUGAACUGCUUGCCACAGGCCUGGCUCGUCAAGCUGGAACCAUUGUAUGCCCUUGUUUUCAAGAUGCAAAGAGACUUUGCCAAACAAAUCGUCGACUUGAAGGCGGGUAAGAUUGAUGCCCUUGCCGCAAAAACUGAUCACCCAACAGUGUUUUCGGAGCUGCUUCGUGGCGACCUGCCUUUGAGUGAGAAAUCCGACCGCCGCCUACAGGACGAGGCACAGUUGAUAAUUGGAGCUGGGCUCGCCACCACUGGCUGGACACUCAGCGUGGCCACCUUCUACAUUUUGAGCGAUCCAAGUGUCCUGGGACGCCUGCGUAAAGAGCUCGAGGAAGCCAUUCCAGCCGUCAACGAGCUAGACCCCAGUGCACCAUUGGAAUGGACGGAACUAGAAAGGCUUCCAUAUCUGUCAGCCUGCAUUAAAGAAGCCAUCAGGCUGUCCUAUUCCACCACAUCGCGCAAUGCUCGUCUAUUUCCCAAACCAGUCCAAUACGGCGAGUGGACCAUUCCGGCCAGGACGCCGAUUUCGAUGACAAUUCCUUUUCUCAACCACGAUGAAGAAAUCUUCCCUAACUCGACGUCCUUUGUUCCUGAAAGGUGGCUUGACUCACCAAAAGCCAAGAAUGGAUCCAGCCUAGACCGGUACUUUGUGGGGUUUGGUAAAGGCACGAGGUCUUGUUUGGGCAUCAACCUCGCAUACGCCGAGCUCUAUUUGACCCUGGCAGCUAUGUUCCGGUAUUUUGAAUUUGAGCUGUAUGAGACCGACAAUAGUGAUGUGGAGUUGGCUCACGACUUCUUUCUUCCGUUUCCCAAGCUUGACUCCCAGGGCAUCCAGGUGAUAGUAAAGCCAACCGAGAAGAGUGGUUGA